AUGGACAUCCGAAUACUCCAAUCCUCCGACAUACCACAUGUGCAACAGACCAAUAUCACGAAUCUGCCCGAGAACUACUUCUGCAAAUACUACAUGUACCAUGCGCUAAGCUGGCCUCAGUUGAGCUACGUCGCGGUAGAUGUGAGUAAAGCUGCCCCAUCUAUCUCGGCAGGCGAUUGGCAGACUUCAUGUUGCAUUGACGAACAACGCUGACGAAAGCGCGCUCAGGUAUCAAGGCCGAAGAAGACCCCCUACGAUGCCCCUAAAAUUGUCGGAUACGUGCUUGCGAAGAUGGAGGAAGACCCGCAAGAUGGCGUGCAACACGGACAUAUCACCUCCCUCAGUGUGAUGCGGACACAUCGGCGAUUGGGACUAGCGGAGAAGCUCAUGCGCCAGAGCCGUAAGAGACGAGAGAUGGGAUGCUGAGGUUCAGCGGCUGACAAUUGAACAGAAAGAGCCAUGUUUGAGACCUACAACGCCGUGUACGUCUCGUUACAUGUGCGUGUGUCCAAUGUCGCAGCAUUGGCACUCUACCGGGAUACAUUGGGGUUCAAAGUGGUAGGCACCGAAGCCAAGUACUACGCAGACGGGGAAGAUGCGUAUAGCAUGCGCAUGGAUCUCGACUAUCUGCGAGAAGAGGCGCUUGACGCAGAAGACUCGGAUGAAGAGGACGAGGUAACGGUUGGGCAGGAUGAAGGCGGUGAAGUUGGAAGCGCCGGCAAAGCCGAUGAGGCUGGCGCUGCCCUUCCGAAAAAGGAGAGGAAGCGAAAAGUCAAAGUUGGGCGGCAGCUGGGCGUUGGAGAACUGGUUGAAAGAAACGAGAGCUCUCAGCCUGCUCAGACGAACGGAACUUGA